AUGAAAACAUUAAUUAUUGGUAUAGCAAUUACAUUAGUUUUAUUAAUUAUUGUUGGAAUGGUUUUUUUUUAUCUUUUACGACGACAUUGUACACGUUCAAAAUCUAAAAAAAAGAAAUCAAGAAAGGGUCAUGAUUCAACAAUUGCAAGUUUAGGAAGUCGUAGAAGUAAA